CAUGGUCAUGUGACAGACAUCAUCGCUCUGCUUCUGACUUUAAAUGUAAGGCGCUUACAGAAGUUUGAUUUAUUAUGUUGAAUUUAACACGCUCCGUCUUAAAAGGAAUUCCGUUUGCAUUAUAAAGUUAGAUACUUAAACUUUUUUUUAGUUAAGUAUUGUGUUGUUUAGCUGUUUUUUUUUCAACAUUUUGUAACUAGAUAGAAUGAGCAUCAAUAGCAAUGAAAGCGGUGACCUUCCAAACUAUGGCACUACCCCGAACAUCGGAGAUGACGAAGCAACCCCUUUAUUAGGGAAUGCGUCAGAAGCGCCCAGGGUCAAAGGAACACCCUUCGCUGCCUGCGUGUUCAACCUGAUGAGCGCCAUCAUGGGCAGUGGAAUCCUGGGGUUGGCGUUCGCUAUGGCUAACACUGGCAUAGUGGGUUUCUGUAUUCUGUUGCUGCUGGUGGCCGGCCUAGCGGGCUUCUCUAUACAUCUGCUCCUCCAGCUCUGUGACCAGACAGGUAUCAAUUCGUAUGAAGAUCUAGGAGAAAAAGCUUUAAAAAAGCCUGGAAAAAUUCUGGUUGGACUCAGCAUUCUGACCCAAAACAUUGGAGCGAUGACGUCGUACAUGUUCAUCCUGAAGUCGGAGCUUCCGGCCACCAUCAGCAGCUUCCUAAGCCCUGGCAGUACGAUGGAUGCCUGGUAUGAAGAUGGCCGUAUCCUGCUGAUCCUGGUGAUCGUGUUUGUCGUGCUGCCACUCGCGUUGCUAACCAGAAUAGGGUGGCUGAGCUACACCAGCAGCAUUUCGUUCUUCUUCAUGCUGUACUUCGUGGUCGUGGUCAUCGUCAAGAAGUUCACCAUCCCCUGCCCCCUCCACCAGAACGGCACCAUGGGAAACGACCGGUUCCAGAUCUCAAACAGCUCGGCAUCAGAAUGUACUCCAAAAGCCUUCGUCAUCUCCAGAAAGAGUGCUUAUGCCGUCCCCACCAUGGCCUUCUCCUUCCUCUGCCACACGGCUGUCCUGCCCAUCUACUGUGAACUCGACCGGCCCACCAAGAAGAGGAUGCAGCAAGUGACCAACACCGGCCUCUGCCUCAGCUUCAUGAUCUACCUGCUCUCCGCCCUGUUCGGCUACCUCACCUUCUACAGCCACGUGGACUCUGAGCUGCUGCUGAACUACGACACCACGGCCCCCCGGGACCCCAUGGUGAUGAUCGUCAGGCUGACCAUCCAGGGGACGGUGCUGUUCACCGUGCCCCUCCUCCACUUCCCUGCCCGUAAGUCGCUGAUCACCUUGCUGUUCGAUGGCCGGCCCUUCUCCUGGCUGCGCCACGUCUCGUUGACCGUGGGCAUCCUGGUGGUGGCGCUGAUGGCCACCAUCCUCCUCCCUGACUUCAGGAGCAUCUUCGGCGUUGUGGGGUCAACCACGUCCACCUGCCUCCUGUUCGUCUAUCCUGGGAUAUUCUUCCUCAAGCUCAGCAACCGACCUCUUCGCUCCGCUGAGUCCGUGGGUGCCGUGAUACUGCUGGUCUUCGGGUUGUUUGUGGGGACGACCAGCCUGUGUCUGAUCAUCGUCACCUGGGUGCAGGGCAGCUGAACGCGCACACACACACGCACACGCACAAACACUUUAAUCAACAAGGGAAACUGUGCAAUUAUCUUUUAGAUGUAAUCAAGUCGAUCAUUGUCAUGUAUUGAAAUCCUCAAAUGUUUUUAUACUUUGAAACCCCGGAGGAUAUUUUUUUAUAACUUGGAAAACUUUUAUUUUACAAAAUGUGCUUGAAAUUUUGCUAAUACAGUACAUGAAUGUUAUUUAAUGCCUGUUGGCCAGUAAUCUUUGUUUAAUUCAGUUAAUAGGCCUGAUAUUUUAAGCUCUACAGUGUAAUUAUAAUUAUAUGCAUUGUAAAUGAGGUUGCAUUUUUAAAGGAAAUGUUUUCAUUGUUUUUUUUGUAAUGAGAGGGAGAUCACCCGGUUUGGGAAACCAAUUAGAAGGUUCUUGUUUCACCGUAAACAGGAGUGCCUUCUGAUUAUCUCAAAUGUUGCCCAAAUUUGCACCACUCUGUCCUCCACUUGCACCAAGUCACUGUUACUGUUUUUGAUGUCAUUUUCGUUCUGGCCAGAAUUAUGAUAUUUUGAUGCAAUCUUUAGGGACAUUGUAUCCAAAACCCUCAGGUCCACAUUUUAUAGAAAAACACGUAAAACACUCUGUUACUCUGUAGUGAAUGUCCUGUAAAUACCAAAGACCGAUUAGAGGCAGGAUGAAUCGAAUAUCUUCUGUUGUCUCAUGUCGAAUCUUAAUAAAGGGAAGUAUCUUUUAAA